UAUGCAACUGCGCAGCACCUGUCUCAACCUUGCGUCAAAAUCAGCUGUUUGUCCCGUUUUGUCUAAACUUCAGUUCGCUAUUUAUUAAAAAAACGCAUGGCUUUAACCACGACGUCGAAGUUAAUAAGGCCCUCAUAUCACUUCCGCAACAUGUCUUCAACUCAAGUAAAAACAGCCGGAAUUUUAGUUAUAGGAGACGAGCUCCUUAAGGGCGAAGUAAUCGACACGAACUCCCCGUGCAUUACAAAGGAAUUCCACAACAUUGGCGUUAAGGUCAAAAAGAUUUCUGUUAUAGGCGACGAAAUUGACGAGCUAAGUUCCGAGAUCCGCAAUUUCAGCAAGUUGUACAAUUACGUGAUCACGACGGGGGGCAUAGGCCCCACACACGACGACGUGACCUUUGAAGCCGUGUCCAGAGCCUUCGGAAUCCCGCUCGCCCUCAACCCGCAGCUCCGCAACCUUUGCCAGAAGUUCUACAACACGACGGACGACAACCACCCGGGCAUGAAGCUGGCCAUGGUUCCUGAGUCGGCGAAAUUGACCUUUUCCGAUCAAACAAACUACCCGAAUGUCUCAGUCGAGAACGUUUACAUGUUCCCGGGCAUACCUGAGCUUUUCCGGAGGUCUUUUCUCACGCUGAGCUCGAAGCUGUUCAAGUCGGACGAUACGGUUUUCCACUGCAAGGCCCUCUAUGUCAAUCUAACGGAGGACAAAAUCGCGGACGAAUUGGGGAAAUUGGCGGCGGAUUUUCCGGACGUGCAAGUCGGGUCGUACCCGAAGUUGUUCCACAAGCUGUACAAAGUCAAGAUUACAAUGGAGUCGACUAACGAAAAUUCGGUCAAAGCCGCCACCGACCAGCUACUCGCCAAGUUUCCCAAGGAGGCUGUUGUAGACGUAGAUAACGAUAGUUUGUAAAAGGAAAUUAAUAAAUUAUUCACCAAUU